CUGUGAUGCAGAGGUGAAGGCUGGAUCCGGCUUGACGAUCCGGGAGGAAAGAGGGGCACAGACCGUGAUCCAAAGAGCCAGAGAAGCAGAGUCCGUGAGUGGCAGUGGAGGAGAAACGCAGAGAAAGGGGCAGCCUGGCAAAAUAGGAAGGUAGCCACAGCAUGUGUGGCAGGGUUCUGAAUGAAAUCCUCAUGAUUGUUGCAUGCUUGUUCAAUAAUAGCAAGCCCCAGUCACGUCUCCUUGUGAGCACAUUUGGUCGGAAUCACUGAGCAGAAGCAGAGAAGAGCUGACGACUAUGUGCUUCCAACGCAGGUUGCCGGAGCCCCGUGUUUGCCAUUGGCUGCAGUUCUCUGGUUUGUGUGCAGCUUCCCCCAUCUGGAAUAUGAAAAUGGGAUUGAAGUAGAUAAUUGCUAGCAGCGGGUUUUCAAGAGAGGCUUAGAGGGAGCAGAAUGCCUCUCACACAGCACAGGCUGCCUGUGCUGAGAGAGCUCUGAGAGAUGAUUUUAGAUGUUACCCACGUCUGAAUCUCCUGGAAACUUUACCAUGGAAGCAAGCCAUUGCGCACAGUCCUGGAGCUAACAUCCAAAAGGGGCAAGGAAGGGGCAGCAGGGACAAACAAUGGGAUACCUUGUCCUUGGAUUGCUCACAGAAAAGCCAGCAGGCACUCCCCUCCAGUCCCCAGCAAAAAGGGCAUGAAGGUGGCGAUGAACUGAAUUUUACCCAGUGAAGCUCCAGUGGCUUUUCAGAAGGAUGGGAUACACUGACCCCUCAUCAAGCCGGGAUUUGCUGGGAAACAGAACUUUGUUCUUCAUCUUCAUCUGCGCCUUUGCCGUGGUCACCUUGCUGCAGCAGAUCCUCUACGGGAGAAACUAUCUCAAGAGAGGGCUGCAGUUUAGCUGGCAGAAUGGAGAGGAAUUGGCAAAUUGGACCGGCACCUUUAAUUUCACGGAUGACGGACCAGUGAAGAGUGGCAGUGACACAGGCACCAGGUACUUUGAGUUUUAUGAAGGGCCUUUGGAAUACAACUCCACAAAAUGCCUGGAAUUAAGGCAGGACAUCAUUGAGGUGAAGGUCUUGUCUAUGGUGAAACAAACCGAAUUGUUCGACAGAUGGAAGAGCCUACAGAUGUGCAAAUGGGAGAUGAAUGUCACAGAAGCCAAUUUAUUCAAGUCUACUCUGUCAAGGUGUUGCAACGCCCCAUCCUUUCUGUUCACCACCCAGAAAAAUACUCCCUUGGGAACUAAACUGAAAUAUGAAGUGGACACGAGUGGAAUCUUUCAUAUCAACCAAGAAAUCUUCAAAAUGUUUCCUAAGGACAUGCCGUACCACCGUUCCCAGUUCAAGAGGUGUGCAGUGGUUGGGAACGGAGGAAUUCUGAAGAACAGCAGAUGUGGCCGGGAGAUUGACAGCGCAGACUUCGUGUUCCGAUGCAAUUUGCCUCCUAUAUCUGAGAAAUACUUCAUGGACGUUGGGGUGAAGACAGAUGUUGUGACAGUCAAUCCCAGUAUAAUCACUGAGAGGUUCCACAAGCUGGAGAAGUGGAGGAAGCCCUUCUACGACGUGCUCCAGGUGUACGAGAACGCCUCCGUGCUGCUGCCGGCCUUCUACAACACGCGCAACACGGACGUGUCCAUCCGCGUCAAGUACGUCCUGGACGACUUCGAGUCCCAGCAGGCAGUUUAUUACUUCCACCCCCAGUAUCUCAUCAACGUCUCGCGCUACUGGCUCGGCCAGGGCGUGCGGGCCAAGCGGGUCAGCACCGGGCUGAUCCUGGUGACUGCGGCCCUGGAGCUCUGCGAGGAGGUGCACCUCUUCGGCUUCUGGGCCUUCCCCAUGAACCCCUCAGGGAUUUUUAUAACUCACCACUACUACGACAACGUGAAGCCUCGCCCCGGCUUCCACGCGAUGCCCUCGGAGAUAUUCAACUUCCUCCACAUGCACAGCAAGGGGAUCCUGCGGGUUCACACGGGGACCUGCAGCUGACAGGGACACUGCGAGAGUGUGGCGGGAGCUCGAUGGCCUGUGUACGGUGUAGGAGGUUUUGUUACAGCCCGAGAUUAUGCAAUAAUUGUUUGAUAUAAAUUUCCUCAAGGCAUUGCAUCCCAUAAGAUCUAGGACACCAGCAUCUUUCCUGCUAGCAGAGUUGGGUCCGUAACAGUGUGGGAGAAGCAAAACUCCUGUGCCCCAGGGUACAUGCUGUCCUGGAAAGCAAGUCAGAUAAGAAGCACAUUUACAAUACAUUUAGGGAUAAAUAGAGCACAUUAAUGUAUUUAUCAUUUCACUAUGGAGAAAAGCACCAAACUUUUGAGGAAAAACCGAGGUGGAGAAUUUUAGUAUAGAUUAUGUGACUUUACAUAGGUUUCUGAAUCGAGUACCUUGGGGUAUUGCCAGAUGUUAUUGAACACUCUGUUCUCUGGCCUUUAGAUUUUUGAAAAUACUCUUUAGCAUUAUAGCUUAAUGGGGAUAUAUAACUUAAAAUCUUUGUUCUGUAAUGUCACAAAGUGUUGAUCAAAAAUAGCAGAUAGAUGUGUUAGGAAUAAACAAAAUCACUUUAUGAAUUUUUUCAACCAGGAUAGAACAGAAUGUUGAACUCCCAUUCACAGCAACAGGUAACUGUGUGAAUCAUGUCGUGAUACUGUUUUAGAGAUUGUUUUUUCUUCCUUCUUGCGCCUUGCAUUUCUGUUCUCCUCUGCUGACUGUGCUUCCUUUCUCCUUGUCUGUGAUGCUUUCCUUCUGGCUAACACAUGGCAAUGUGUGCGCUUCCUCCUACAGCCACCAUCUCAGCAUCACAUUGGAGUCCUUGCUGAAAAAACAAGCUCCUUCACAAGGUUUUCUUGAGAUGAAGAGCAAGGGGAUUACAUAGUUCUAUUUUGCAAGUUGAUUUUUUGGUCCAGCAUAAGAUAAGGAAAAAAAACAUUUUCUCAUUGAUUUUUAUUAGAGACUUUGUAAAAGUAUCUGAAUGUUGAUUCACUGUUGUACAGGUUGAGUUAACACUUUCAGGUAUCUGUAAUAUGUUAAUGUCAGGAAAUGAAGUUAAAAUUCAGAGAAGUUAUUUUGUGGCUUAGAUUAUGAUGCUUAUUUUAAAAUUUUGCAUCUUGAGAUGUCAGAUGUCUUAAUGUGGCAUUUUUGUAUAUUGAGAAUGUUAUUAGGAUAGUAAAAGGGCUGGUGGUGUAUUCUUUAAAUGUCAUCAGUGUAGCUCUGUCAGGUAUGCCAAGCCUAAUUUUUCACCUGCUAAAGUUGACAAAAUCCUGAAGCAGAGCAGAAGCCACAAGUGGCUGGAGUUUGUUUUGCUGUAGCAGGCUGCUGGUAUAUGCCCUUUCGUACUGGUAUGGCUGCAUACACAGGAGGUGAGGUUUGCUGUUCCAGCUGUGCUGGCAUAGUUAAAGUAACAGAGUUUCCCUGUCUAACUUCUUAGUCUGAAGCACUAGGGCUGUUGCCUUGUCUUGUCUUGUGUAGAUUAUAAGAUCUUUGAUCAAGGAUUUGAAGUUUAAAGUUCUGUAUGAGGGAUUUUUUUUUUUUUUUUUUUUGGUGCGGGGGGCUGGUGGGGAAAGGGUUUAAAUCCAAAUAUGGGCUUGCAUUUUGACUUUGUUAUGCAUGAAUGCACAAAGCUUCUUUUAAAAGCCUCUGUGCUGUGCUGAGAGCUGUGCAAGUUACUCACACUACAGAUAAAAUGAUCACAAAGAAAGUGAAAGCACGUUGGCCACCAUUUCAAAAGCCCCUGCUGGCCAGCAGUGACCUGGAUGGUAUGUGAGAGUGCACUUUAUUUACACUACACUCCUGAGGUUUGAUUACUUUAGAAGCAACCCAUAUCCUUGACGAAGGAGUCAGUACUCACCUGGGAAACACCAGCCAGGGGCAAGUGAAGGACCAGUGCUUAAGCUUAAUAUGUUAUUUGUGGUGAUGUGUUUUAGAUCUUACAGUUACACUGCGUGUUAUUGAGCACCCCCUCGUAUCGUCUACCUGUGAAAUAGGCAGCACCCCCAUCCACCUGCAGGUGAAAUGGUUUCCUUGACUCAAUAUGCAAAAGAGAUCUUUGUCUUUGCUGUGUUCUGUAAAUUUGUGUGCAAAGGGCUUUGACAAUGAAGUGCUGUGAUGAAAGUGCUAUUUAGAGAGCAAUGUGACACUGCAGGUUGGCCGUCUCGCUGUGCAUUGUUUUAUGAUAACAGUAAUGACACUGAAGCUGGUACUUAGAGCCCUUACUCCUAAUUCUGCCUGAUUUGGGACUAGUAGUGGCUUCAGGUUUGCUUUGCUGCUGCUGCUCUGCUAAGGUUACCUUCUUUAGUAAGAGAUUCUUCUUUACUAUGGUGAUGGAAGUGAACAAAACCAACUGAAAGGAGUCUGAUACAUUGCAAAAGGCACUUCAAAAAAGAUGGGAAAGCACUUGAGAAGCAUCCAUAUGUUGAUAGAAACAGUGCAAAUCCCUCUUUUUAGUUGCAAGAAAUCCUUUUGGACAGACAAAAGGAUAAGCAAAACUGCAUUUACAGUUAAUCUGUAAAUACAGGGUCACAGACAUUUCCUUUCCAUUGUUUGCUUCAUAUAAAUGAGCAAUGUACAUUCACUGUAAUAAGUGCAGUGUUACUGUGUUUAGAUUUUGAUUGCUUAUAAAUCUAUAGCUACUAUAUUUUUUUAAUGAUUUUAAGAAGUGUGUGCAGGUUACUUGCACAUAUGCACCAAAGGCCCAAUCUUGCCACAUUUAUCUGAAAAGAGCCCCCAUUCAGGUGGGUGGGCAUUUUAUUUGUGUAGGGCUGCAGAAACAGGCCCAGAUAUUUCUGUGAAGGUGUACAUAGGUGUACAGUUAAGGAGUGAUUUGCAAGCCAGAAAGAUAAUUAAUUAAAUAUAUAUAAAAUAGUCCUUGGGAUGAAAUACAUGUUGCAACAUGUUCACUUUCUGAUUGAUUUUUCAGGUGUUGCUCAAAAAAUGAUUGCAAAACUAUGGCAUUUGUCAGAAAUGCCAUAUGUAGAAGGGCUUUUGCAGAAAGAAGGACCCUCCUUGGUUUCUGCCAUCAUUCUUUUGUGUGCUGAGCAUAAGAAAAUAUUCUUUUGACAUCUAUCAUUUGUCUGAGUUUGGGGCUGGUUUUGUUUUCCCUUCUCCCAUGAGGUCUAAGCUCCAAAUGUCCAAUCUUAACCUCUGAACAACAGGAUAGAUGAGUGAUAAGAAGUGACUGUCAGGUGUGUUUGCUGCAAGUAAAAGAUGUGUGUAGCACGUUGUGCUUUCCCAGAAAAAAAAGUCUUCAGGCCCCAGAGAAAUCCCUCCACCAAUAAUUCUGAUCUGUCCAUGAAGAAAGGCUGUCAGCUGUCUGGUACCACAUCCUGAGCUUCAGCUGAAAUCUCAGCUCUGCUGCUGAGGAUAUGAAGCCUGAGACAGGCAGAGAGAAAAUGUUAUGGUUUAAUCCCCAAUCCCUCACAUUAUUUAGGAGAAUCCCUUAAGAAGUUCCUGAUACUGCAUACACUGGCAAUGCAAGUUGACUUGGAAAUGAUAACUAGGAUUGCUUUGACUUUAUUGUCGGGUCAACAGAGGAGGCUUAUGAAUCUGCCAGUGCUGUCAUCAAAAGGAAGGAAGUAUUUAGCUGGAAUAGUUUAGCUGAUUGCUUUUGAUUCAUGAAAUCCAACUUUGCUGUUGGACAGAAUGGCUUCAAUGGCGAUAGGGCCAUUAUAAUAUUUUAGCAUAUUUCCUGUGAUUGCAACAGAGUUGUCAAAGCCAGCUCAUGAAUUGCAAAAGGGAGAACCAUGCCAUGACAGCAGCAGCUCCUUCUGCUGCUAUCUCAAUGAGGAGAGACACCGUGCUGAGCAUGGUCUCCUUGAGAAACAAUGUGAAGGGAAUAUAGGAUGCUGCAAGCACAACGCUGCUCCAGAGCCUUUAGUGCCCUGGAAUAACAUGGCAGAGACAACAGACGAAGUUUCACAGCUUGCAGCAAUCAGGGGUGGCUCCUCCAGCCCUUGAAAAAUCCACCCUCUUGCAGGCUCGGCUGAUGAUGAAUUCGAGGUGACUCGGGAUGGCCAGAUGUAGUAGACGGAAGGAAAUCAGCUCCAAGAAUAGUCCCCUCUGUGGGUGUUUGGUGAAUCAGUGUAAGGGCUGCUCAAGCCUUGGAGGCAGGAGAGCUGGUGGUGAUGCAGCUGCGUGGGUGGGCUGCCCGUGCUCAGCCCUCCCUGGCAGCAAGGAGCAAUCUCUGCUUUGUCUGCCAGGGAAACUGAGGUGGAGAGGCAGGGAAUCUGUCCUUUCUGAUCUUCUGAGCCCAGGUGGCUUGUCCACUUGUCUGCUUGGGUAGCGAAUGUGAAGUGCUCUGAAAUGGGCCUUUUCCCCACCUCACUCGCAUUUGAGUGGGCAGAGAGCCUUGGAGCUUUUACAAGCAUAGGAAAAAGGAAACAGCAAAAUUCAGCAAUCCUUAAAGGGUUGCUGAAUUCCCAAGUUCCCUGGGAAAUUCUGGAGCGAGCUGAGUUUCAGGAAUAAAGAAGUCAGUAUUUAUGCUUAGGGCCUUUACAAAAUCCAGUGAACUGGGUGGAAAUUUUUGUGCGCUCCAGAAAUGGGCCUUGAUCUUGGGCAAGAUGAGCAGCCUCUUUUUUCCCCUCACUUGAUUUCAGAUACACUUUUUAAUAUGCUUUAGAUACAGUGCAGCAGCAAUAUCAUGUUUUUAAUGGCAUCAGUAAAGAACAAGCUUCCCUGGAAGCAGAAGUGUUGUGACUGUCACUCUCCCUUCCAGAUUUCAUCAAUUCAUCUUUGCAAACUCAUCUAUGCAAAGCAUUUCAUCAUGAUGGUGUAAAUCAUGCAUGAGCCCCCUGUACCUGGCUGUAUGUAUGUGAACCAUAGGCCUCAGGAAAAGAGGGUUUUUUUUCUGCUUGCUUUAAAAUGCCUGUAUAGAAUUUGUCAGUGAUAUGAUUGUGUUCAAGGCAGGAUGCAGCCUACUACCUUUGAAGCCACCACAACAUUCAUAUUUGGGUUCAGAAGAAAGAGAAUUCAGGCCUUACAUCAGUGCUUUUAAGCCAAGCCAAUAACCUGCAUCUCCCAAAAAACCCUCCCAGAUUAUUAUCAUUUUGUGUCUUGUUAUCAUCCUGUCUAAUGUGGGUGAGCUUGCUUGGCAUCCUGUGUUGUCUGCAUGUCAUUAAAAAUAAAAAUAAUAAAAAAAACCAAACCUGAUUCUCUUCAAAACUGAAAUUGUACUUAAGUGCUUUUAAAAAUAAACUUAAGGGAAAUCCAAAUGUACAAGAGGCAUUAGGUUGAGGGAGCCUGGGCCCCAGGCUGUCAGCAUCUCCCAUGCUCCCCAAAGCUGUGAGCACCCAAGAAACAUGAGAAAUGAGGGACUGGGCCACAGUGGGAAGCUUGAAGAAAGACCAAUCUGCCUCAGCACUUCAAGGAUUGAAAGAUGUAAAUAUGUUACCAGUGUGUCUGACUUUCUAUUUAGAAGCCAUACAUGUUCUCAGUGUUUGGUCUUUGGGUAAGCUGAUGUACAUUUUUGACUGUACUAAUCACUGUAAAAUGUGUUAGCAUGUAAAACAGAGACAAAUUAAGCCAGAAAAAAUCAGAUGCUGCAUUGGCUGGUUCUCGAGAUGUUUGCUGUACCUGAAACUGACUGAUGGACCAAGACACUGAAGUAUCUCCAGUGCUCCAUACAGCUUGUGAAGACUCUGGUUAAUUCCUUCUUAUCAGCAUGGAACAGGCAGAAUUAAUCCCUAUUUGUUGACCUUGUGUUGGCCAAGUGAUUCACACUUAGGUGUGCAUUUAAGCCUGUCCCCUUAGAGAUGAGGGGAGGGAGAAAAAUCCCUUCUCUGUCUGGGACAGGACAAAAAUCUGGUGAAUUUUGCUUCAUUUUCUGGGCCCUUCUUGCUGUCAACCUUGAGGUUCCUGAUCAAGCCUCUGCAUUGAGCCCAUGUAAAUUGUACUGAGCAACUGCUGCCUGUUGAGUAUAUCCCUGAUUUUACCUGGUGGGAAACAAAUGCUUAUUUUGGGAAUACUGGAGUAAAACUUUGUGUCUUCAUUGUAGGGGAGCUUGGGCUAUGACAAAAAUAAAGCUGUUUCAUGUUUGUUGUUUCUGUAAGGCAGUGGCAGUGAGGGUGAAGAAAUCCAUGCAGAGUCAUGUUGGUUUUAUGAUGAUGUUAGUCUCUUGUGUCCUUUGGCUGACCUUUAUUUUGUCAACCUUACACCUUGUAAUUUUGGCUUAUUAUUGUUUCUGUAGCUGUACUAUGGUUGUGAUAGAAAGCCUAUCAAUUGCUGUAAGCCAUAACUAGAACAGUAAUCAGGGGUUUUUGGGUUUGUUUGGUUUUUUUUGUCUGUGUCACUGUGUUUGAAAGAUGAUUUAAUUCUAUUGAAUAAACAAACCACUUUAAGAGUUUCCUGGGAAA